GAGAAAUGCAAAGAUGAACAAACGCGAGCGAAUGAAUCAAACCCACGCUCUGAGUGUUGUAUUGUAUUGAUUGUGUUGGAUGGAUUCUUAACUGUUCUCAUCAACCAUUCAUGGCGAUUACAAGGUGAAUAUUGGGACAAAAGAAGGACUCGAAUCACACAAGCAAGCAAGCCAAAGGCUGUCUAUACUCUCCUCUCUCCUUCAUUGAAUGGCGCUUAUCGUUUAGUCAUCUAAUUAUGGCACCUGCCACAAGGAGGAGUAGCGGAUUCGGAUCGCAUGCAAACAGUCCAUCCAACCUAGAUCACAUACUAGAACAUUUCAAUCAAUUCAAACGGAAGCAUAUCACACAAAAUCGAGAUAUUAUCAAAACAAAUGCGUUAGCACAACUACGCAUCAAAGAGCUGGAAGAGAAAGUGUUGGGACUAGAAGCAGAAAAGACACAGAUCGAAUUAGAAAGACAUCGAAUGAAAGCAAGAUUGGAAAGAGCCGAAAAAGCAGUAAUUUGCAUCAGACAAGGAUGGCAGUUGAUCGGCGCAGGAAUGACUGCCGUUGCUUCGAUUGAUGGAUUCGAAAAAGUUACAGAACAACAACAAGCAGUAACACCUUCAUCUGCUUUGCUUGCUUUGCAACAACAUCAACAAAAAUCGCACAUUCGACCAAGUACACGGGUAGUCCUCGAUCCUAACGCUCUGCCUGGAGGCGUUGCACGAAAUGUUGCAAGACCACCUGAGGCUGAUCUUGCAGAUUUAGCUGAAGAAGAGAGCAUGGAGUUGGAGGAGCAACAACAGGUUGAGAACGUGUAUGUCUCAGACGCACAGUUCGAAAAUCAAGGUCAGAUAACAUUAGAGGAGCCAGAAGUUGGUGACGAUCGGGAUUCCGAUAAUGGCGAAUUGGGCGAUCCAGUCAGCUUUGCAGGGGAUGGAGAAGAUACAGUACGAUUACAGACUGAUCUAAACGAUACGAUACCCCACAUUCACGAAGAGAUCUUCAGACAGGAAAAUAAUACACCUCUCACUCAAUCAAAUCUCGAAACAGAACAACAAUCCAACUACCACCUUGAUUUACCUGGCUCGACAAAUGGUCAAAGAGACCGCGUGAUUCAACGUAUGACCAGCAUGGACAGCUUGAGCUCGUUUGCGGAUGAUGAAGAGAUUGAGCUUUCAACGGAUGAUGAGGGAGGACACAUUCCCAUCCCAAAUCGAGCACCUACACCUGUAAGCAAUGGCUCUACAAGAUCGCAAAAUGGAACAGUACGAACCAAAACACCACGAAAGCGGAAAACGCCAAGCUCUCCUGAAGAUGCUCGAGGCCCGUUGAGUUCGAUUUCAGCCUCUUCUUCUACGACGGAUUUGCAUCAGCAAGACACUAUCAGCGCAUCUCAGAGUGAAGCGGAAAUGGAUGAGGAGAACAGUAGUUCCUCCUCAAACGGAACAAGAGCAUCACGUAGAAGUUCUGUGCGGGAUAGAAAAUCCGUCAAUUAUGCUUUGCCAAAGUUGAACACAAAGAUGCGUAAACCUGAUCCUGUUGAUUUAAUUCCUGCGAUUGGAAGUCAAAGAAAGAAGAGACAAGGAUCAAUGCAGGCAGGAUUGAACGGUGAUGAAAUAAGUGAGAUGAAUGGUGAGAAUUCUGAACAAGAAGAAGAGCCGAAAAGGCGAAUGCUAAAAGGAAAAAACGAAGCGGCAAGUACGGGAAAUUUGAGAGAAAUACGCAAAUUGCAUCAAGAAAAGGCACAAAACGAUGAAUCACUUUCGCCAAAUCGCGAGCAAGACAAACAAGAAGAUCAAUCAGAGAUGGAGACCUCCACUGAGAAGACCAUACCCAACCAAGACGAACGGCAACAGUCAGAUUCCCCACGCAGAAGAUCUUCGCGACAAUCGUUGGGAAGGCGAUCAUCCUCAAGUAUGACUAGCGAGAAUGGAGGUACAACGACCAAUCAACAAAAAUCGGAAGAAGGGCGAAGUGCAAGAGACAGAAGUUCAAGUCCAGAAGAUCGCAAAGUUAUUCAAGGAAAAGAUAAUCAGGCCGCCGACUAUACCCUGCCAGGCAUGCAAAAGUCAAGGCAAUCGGCAUCGAAAUUAUCAAGUUCAACGAAUGGAACAUCAACACCUAAAUGGCGAUCGAUGAGCGGAGGAAUGAGUAGUGCAUCUUCACAAUCGUUAGGGCCUAGUGGAACGCCUAUCCCUAAACCUACCAUUAGAACUGGACAGCAAGGAACGAUCAAAGCGUUGAACAAAGCGGCAGGUAGAAUACAAAAGCCAAUAUCUUCCGUUUCUGGACUUUCGAAUGGAAAUGGGAAUCCUAUUCAACAACAACAACAACAAAAGCGGGUAGUAGCACCUUUUGCAAACGGAGCUAGAGCAACAUCGGAUACCCAGUCUCAAUCAAGGAUUUUAGGUGCAUCUGCUAAAGCCAAUAGUACGGCCAGGAGCGUUUCGGGAUCUUCUGCGACUUCAUCUUCUUCAUCUUCAGCCACUGGACCUUCUUCUCAGUCAACGGCAGGUGAUCCCACCAAACGGAACAGCUUGCAUGCUGCUAUGACAUGGCAUGAUGUUUCAUCUGCAUCUCAACAGAAUUGAGGGUGGUGAGAUUUUUUAACUUGUUGUCUAAUUUGCCAUAAAUACGCUUCUUUCAUUGUUGUAUUCGAAAUUG